AGGUUCUUCGCCUGCCUCUCUUUCAGAUCUCCAGUCGGCUGCUUGCGAGUGUUGCUCUCCCAUGGCAGCGGUAGCGGCCCGCUCCCCCUCGCCACCGGCAUUGCUGAUCUCCGUCGUCCUCCUCCUCCUUCUUUCGACUGCCGAUCUCGCUUUCUCCUUGGUCGCACCGUCGAGCUCGCCCUCGCCGGUUGCCGGAGGGCCCGUCCAGUCGCCUCCCGCACCCUCGCCGGAUUCUAUUCCGUCUCUCUCCCCGUCCCCCGAGAACUCUCUCCCCCCUCUGGCGCCGCCAUCGGAGGUGUCCUCGCCUGCCCCUACCCCUACCCCGUCCGCGACGCCGCCCCCAGCGCCGGUGCCGAGCAACGAGGAGAUCCGAUCCGGGGAGGAUGCCGACCAAGCUGACGAGGACGUAGGAGGGGGAGGGAUGAGCGGGGGAAAGAAGGCGGGGAUCGCGGUGGGUGUGAUAAUGGCGGCAGCGGUGCUGGCGGCGGGGGUGGUGCUGUACAAGAAGCGGCAGGAGAACAUCCGGCGGUCCAGGUACGGGUAUGCAACCCAAAGGGACAUGCUUUGAGAUUGAUAAAUUCAUUGAUUGAUGGCGAUCACUCGAGUACAUUACGAGCAUUUGGGAGAAGAAAUAGAGAUAAAUUUGAUUCCCUUUUUUUUUUUUGUUUCUUAUCUAUACCAAUGUUUGAUCUCUUUGUUAGCCUUUUUGAUCUAUUUCAUAGUCGCCAUAUAGACAUCGUGUGAUUUAGUCUUUGAUCAUUGACUUGGUUAAAUAUGAUCUGAGCCAUAUAAUUGUUUGUAAAGCUUGUAUUUUGAGAUGG